AUGCCCAAGGUAAAGACUAACCGAAUCAAGCACCCAGAAGGCUGGGAACUGAUUGAGCCUACUCUUCAUGAGCUAGAAGCAAAGAUGAAAGAAGCUGAUAAUGACACCCAUGAUGGUAAGAGAAUAUGUGAGACUUUAUGGCCUAUUUUCAAAAUAACACAUCAAAAGAGCCGCUACAUUUUUGAUCUUUACCAUCGGAGAAAAGAAAUACCCAAGGAAUUGUAUGAAUUCUGCUUGGACCAACGUCACGCAGACAGCAAGCUAAUUGCAAAGUGGAAGAAGCCUGGUUACGAACGCCUCUGCUGUUUAGGGUGCAUGCAACCUGGGGAUCAUAAUUUUGCGACUACCUGCGUCUGCCGAGUGCCCAAGCAUCUAAGAGAGGAGAAAGUCAUAGAAUGCGUCCACUGUGGCUGCAAGGGCUGUGCCAGUGGAGAUUGA